CCUGUAGGUGCGUAGCCAGGGCGUCACAGAGGAGCUGAAGUGCCUGAGUUUACUCAAUGCUCUGGAUAAGGACCAGGACAUCCCGGACCAGCUGGCCCAGCUCUUUGGAGAGCCCUGCAUCAAACUGGCCGAAGGCAUCAAAGCAUACAUCUCUAAGGUGACAGAGAACAUCAUCUCCAAACAGACCUUCAUAGAGGCGAGAACCAUGCCUCGCCCUUUCAACAACUCGGGGUCAAAGUUCAUGACCUCCGUGGCCCAGAGGCCAUCGGCCCACUUGACUCUCAGAGACACCAGCUCUCAAGGGUUCGCUCCCUACCCGAUCCCCACACCGGGUCUCCACCAGUCCUGUCGCCACGUGGUCCGCUCAUGGGCCAAUCAAAGCUUUGGAGCUCACCUGCACAACAUGACCCUUACCAAUGGGAAGCUGCGAGUGCCUCAGGAUGGGCGUUACUACCUGUACUCACAGGUGUAUUUUCGUUAUCCGUCCCCAGCGGCCAGUGAUGGAGACCAGCGCAGCGUCAGCCACCAGCUGGUGCAGUGCGUCUACAAGAAAACCUCCUACCCAAGCCCCAUACAGCUCCUGAAGGGGGUGGGAACUAAGUGCUGGGCUCCAGACGCCGAGUACGCCCUGCACUCCGUCUACCAGGGAGGACUCUUCGAGCUGAGGGCCGGCGACGAGCUCUUCGUCUCCGUCUCUUCCCCAACCAUGGUCAACGCCGACGAUUCCUCCAGCUACUUUGGUGCCUUCCGCCUGGACCUCUGAGAGGAAGGGACAGGAGGAAAAAAAAACAGAAAGACAAGAUGGGACGAUGGAUGGGCUUGAGACAAUGAGCGAGGGUCUUUUUGAAUAUCCGUUGAUUGGGGGGAAGAAAAAUAAAAAAGACAAGAAGUGUGCGAUGUUGGGCUGGAUCUUGGAUCCACAGUGUUUGCUUGGACGGAUACGUUGAAGGACGGAAGGAUUGGGGUUUGAAGGCCUCGCUUGAGUGACGAACGCUAUAAAAAGGACGGGGGUGACGGGGAAAAGAAAGAGUGGAUUUGUCUUGCUUACUCUCCAUUAAGAGAAACCUUACCGCUGAGAGCAAGAUAUUCAGAGAUACAUGUGCAAUCACGCGAAAAUAAAUGUGAGGAUAUUGAUUUACUGUUGAUUUUUGAGGAGGGAAAUUACCUUUUGGAUGUCAAAAAGAGAAGUAAAGCCACGGAAAAACAUUUAAGAUCUUCCUGUUCGAUCAGAAGUGCCCCCCCCCCUCCCAAAACAAAAAAGAAAGAAAGAAAUUAGGCCACAUAAAUCCCAACGUAUCUCGCAUUCAACGACCUUUUUGUGGGAAGCAAUCGGACCCUCAUAUUUGGAUUGCAGACCAGAGAAUGUACACACAAUAAACACUCAAAUCCUCCGCAUCGAAGAUGUGAGGAAGGGACUGUGGAACCGUAGCAGAAGAAAAAUCAAAUGAUCAAACCAAAGCAAAAAAAAUUGUGGAAUAUAACUUCUUUUUUUUUUUUUUCUUACACGUGCCAUGAGAGUACUGUACAUAUGUAUGACUGAGAAUGAGAUUUAGACAAUGAACUGUGGUGAUUAAAGUAAUUAAAAGUAAUUCAUAUGUACCAUGACUGGACUUUAAACCACUUGGAGAUUGCUGAGGAUUUUCUACAUGCAACCCCUACAACUGUGGAUCUUUUUAUUUUAUUUUUUAUUUUUUAUGCCAAGGAUAGGAGGAUAACGGCAGCCUCUUUGUACUGGAUACUGUACAGUAAUAAGACUGUGAGAGGAGACACAAAGUGCCUUUUGAACAACGGAGUCUGCGAGGAAAAAGGAGAAAUGAAAACAAGGAGGGGGAGGAAGAGGGAGAUCACUCUUGUAGAUUCCUACAAGAGUGAACCCAGCGGUGGAAGAUAAAAAGCAAAGAGAGAGUGAAAGAAGCUGAGGGUGGUAUGCAGCUUGACCAGUCUGUAUUGUUAUGCUCUUCUUCUCUCUCUCUCUUUCACUUUCCCCCUUUUUUUUUUUUUCAUGCAAAGAAUUUUAUCCAUCUCGUCUUUCUCGUCUAACCUGUGAAGCUGCAUUCAGUUUUAUUUUACGGAUCAGUUCAGCAACAAACCAGAAAACAACAGACUUAUGUGAACAAGCAGAUACAUGGGAAAACAGGCUAGUCUCACAGAGCGUGGUGGAAAAGUGAACGUUAGCUUGUAGGUAGGACGUGUUUCACAUUGAAAUAUAGUCAUUGAAACUUUAUUGAAACACCUAGCCAAAUUUAACCCAGGUUAGCUUAUUUCACUAAGACAUGGAUUUAGCACAAAAACUUAAACUAACAUCAAAGAGAAGUUUGAUACCACCUUCAAAUCUAGCCAUGGAUAUAUUGCGCUAAAGACAGUUAGCUUAGCUAGCUAAGGCUAAAAACCAUUGGAAACAGCUAGCUUGAAAAAGAGUUUUGUUAUGUUUGGACACAGUAAGGCGCGCAGAGUUAAGCUAACCGUCUCCUGGUCUUAGCUUCAUAUUUAAAAGACACUUAUGAAGGUGGUAUCAAGCAUAUUUCCCAAAAUGGCGAAAUAUUCCUUUAAUGUACAACUACCAGCUACUUCUUAAGUGCCAAUCAGAUGUGUUUUAACAUUAUAGAUUAAGAUUAAAGAAAACAAAAAUUGAUUGUAGGGCUAUAUCAAUGCUAAAGCUGUUGUUAAAGUCAUAGUGGGGUUGUACCUUUACAAGCCCAAACCAAGAGCUAAGUGCAUCCAAUAUGGCUGCCAGUCACCUGGAAACACUGAUAACAUAGACAAAAACACAUGCAUAAUAUAGCUAUGUGCCAAGCACACCCAUAUGUUGUGAAUCUGGAACAUUGUCCCUCAGUAAAACAGUUUGUCAAGCGAACACAGAAAAGGUGAAUUUAUUCUAGGAAAACACAGACCAAAUUUAGUAAUAACACGCAAAUGAAGAAAGAUUUGAAAGCAGAGGAUGUUUGCAGAUAUAAACCAUGCACCAACUAGUAGAGACUCAACCCCUACACACCGUUUCUAUCUGGCACGCACACAUGUAUAUGCACAUAAAGCAGCCAUACAUAUCACAUCAUACUAAGUCCAGGCUGGCCUGCGCUCCACAGACACAUACAUCACCCAGUGUCACAGCCAGUGUACUCAUUUAUCGGCACUGUCUAGCCUCCCUUUGCCAUCUGGUAGUUGUCAGUGAUCAGCUGGAGGCUUGCAGGGAGUGUGUUUGUGUGACAGAGUGUGUAUGUGCACUAGUAGUACAUGUGUGUUCAAAAUGGGCUCGGCUCACAUGGACAAUUCAGAAAACAAGGUCGAACUAACCGACACGAGAAUGGGAUUCAUACACUUAAACACAGACACUUUUAAUAAGGUGAUAUCCCGGAUAAGUCUCUCAAUCUGGCACUGUGGUUCACAUAUACCUGUGUAUAUACUCUGCGCAAGGUUACGUUAUACUAUAGGUUUGUUAGGGAAGUUAUGAAAACACAAUAACACAUGCAGUUUAUUCUUCUGCACAAAGAACAAAAUUGAAGGCAAAUUUCAUUUUGUAUUUGAUUGCUGUUUUAGCUGCUUUUUUUUUUUUUUUUUUGCCGGGUGGCGUGCACCUGGUCACGUUUCUGUUGGGCGCUACGUCGCAUCACACAUACUCUCACAAGCUCUCUGUGAACUCGAGCCUAAACCUGUUUAUUAUCCAGGGUUAACUUCCACUAUCACACAGCUUUUUUUCUUGCUUUCUUUCUUUCUUUCUUUCUUUCUUUCUUUCUUGCACUCCAACCACAACAAAUAGUUUGUUGAACCAGGUCCAGCGAUGGUGAUAAUGUAACGUACACACCCACGUUAUAGCAGCAUAUAAACCCCUGGAGCAGCUGGGAAAACUCUUGCGUUGAAUGUGUAUGAGCAGUGUUUGUACUGGACAGUUUUGUAGCUGUGAACAUGUGUAGCACAUUGUUGCGAAGGAAAUAAACAAAUAUCUGAACUUUUUCCUCUGAAUGUGGAGAAAUGGUGACGAGAACAUCAAGUCAGCUACUGACCCCAGUGCAGCCAACCCAGUUAACAUGGCCUUGAUAAUUCAAAAAGGUCAAAAUACUUCUACAGUAUACAGACAUAAAAAUGUGCUAAAAUUGGUUGAAAAAUUUUAGUUUUUUGCACAUCCUUAAUUGUGUAUUAGCAUUGUUUCAACAGCAUUUCAAUGACUAGAUUUCAAGAUGUGGUGAAGAGUCAUUUAAAUACUGAUGAUGUGGGUUAAAAUAUGAUAAAUGGGAAAGGUGAGAAGGAAAUAGCCUCUUUUUUAGAUAGUUUUAUGUUGUUUUUUUAUUUAUAGGUAUAACACAUCUCAUAGACAUCUGAAACCUGUGAUGAAGGGCUGCAAGUAGACGAAAAGGUUGCGAGCUACUGGUAAAAAUGUUUCUAAAAGCUUAAAUUUUCAAACCAAAUUUAGCCUCAUUACAAUUAAAUUACUUCUAGACAUCAUUUAACUUCCAUAUCCCAGAGUCAGCGCUCACUGGGAUGCACUCACUGUGUGAAAGGCAGAAAAAGCGAUCCACAGUUUCUGUUCUGUGGCUGAUCCCUGACCUUUGACCUCCCUCUGAAGAAAUCGGGCACCGCAGAGUAGAGAAACACCUCCUGGGAUCUAUUUACCCCACUGUCAUUGCUAAAUCAUUGGCAGUCGUUCUGCUGAGAUCCAGUCCAAACAUAAUUUUGUUAAGUUUCUUUGCAGGAAGCAAAAACGCAAGACUCCCGCUGGUUGGUUAAUUAAAUGUUUUCUGAGUUUCAAUGGUUUUCAUUUGCGGCACCAUGCAGAGAGAGCGUGCUCAUCUCUCAGCACUUUCACAACCCUUAUUUUUCAGUUAGGUAAUAAAUAAGCCAUGUGUGCGCAUGCUGCUUUAGAUGCCUCUGUUUAUGCUUAAAAAGCAUGAAAACCAUAAGCCUGCCUGCACAGUGUGGGGCCCUGUCAUCCCAAAUCAACUCCACUACUGAUGACGGCUAAAUCAAAUGGUGCGUUUUGAGAUACAAACACCAAACUUUACCAUCGGAUUGCAAACAGUGUAUAUUCCAGUUCUAGGAACACUUUUUAAGCUCCAUUUAAAAUCAAAAGGAGUUGAUCCGAGCUCAACCAGUUCAGGUCCAAGACAAAAACACAGACAAAACUAUUCCCACUACUAUAAAGAAAAUAUUGCUCUAAUUGCCAAAUGCUUUCACACCAGUCACCAGUAGGUUUAAGUUCUGACUUUCAGAUUUAAGGAUGAUAAUGUGUGAACAGACUGAAGGCAAAAAAGCCCCCGAAAACAAGUUGUAUUCAAUGAUGUGGACGUAAACUCCCUCAAAUUAAAGCUGAGACUCAGUUUUAGUUCAAAUACAAAGAGCUGAAGUGCAGAAAUAUUACAACAGAAGUUUCUGUUUUGUCUCAAAUCCACAUGAAAACCAAUGCGAAAAACAGAAAAUUAAAUUAAAUUCAAACAUCUCACUAAAAUUUCCCAACCAUUUGAGUCGGGUCCAAACCGAGGAGUGUUUUUUCUUGCUAACCACUGAACUCAAAGAAAAUGGCCCCAGAGGAAAAAAUUUUCAUUGAUGUAAGAUCUGCUCUGAAGCGUCCGUCUCGAAGGAAAACGACUUAUUGGGCAAUUAAAACCAGAUCAGCCGACUGGACAAACAGCAUAUAGGUCUGUAGUUUUACAUGUCAGUUAGAAGGAGUUAUGUGUGUGUGCGCUGACAUUUGAAACUGACACGUUGUUAGCUCUCGGCUCUGAAACCAACACGAGGUCAGUUUAAUCAAUUACAUUCCCAAACAAGAAAACACCGCAGCACAGCCCAGCGCUGUUGAACUUGGCAGUUCAGUUUGCAUCAUUGAAUGAAGCCCAUGUUUCAUGUGUGUGUAGAAUAUUCUGUUCGCUCUGUAAUUAUAUCUUGUGUGUUUUUGUUGCAUUUAGUUUUGCACACACACACACACAAAAAAAAAAAAAAGAAACCCCAAAAGCAGUUUUGGCCCAAAGUGCCUUUUGAACUGCAGAUCAGUUUCUACAGUUUGUAGGGGUCGUAUUGGAAACUGCCAGACCACAAGUCGGACACACCGCAUCCAUUAUUUGUUCUCCUUUAGACCUGGAGAGAGAUACUGAGCAGUCCGCUGUGAAGGACUCCCAGAUAUAGACCUCAUAUAAAUCAGCACCGAGACCGGUCUCCAGCUGGGUUCUGUUUCCAGCUCCCAUCCAGUUUCCAUGCCAUGUUUUUGAAAAAUAAUGCGGCUUGCUGGACAUAAUUAUAGAUUUCAUUACAAGCCUUGUUUCGGUUUGUCAGACCGGUUGUCCAAAAGCAACAGUUUCCGAGGCUUUAAAUGUGGUAGAAACCCCCCGCUGGUGGAGAAACACCACCAACCAUCCGCUGUGAAGAUGCCGGUAAAAUAAAUGUAGCUGGAACCACAAGAUUUGUCUACGAUGGUCUGUCCGCCAUACUUUAUCCAAGGACUCUAUGGAGUCCUUGGACAAACCGCACUGUGGAUUCUUGAGCCAUAAGAAAACAUCUUGAACGCAACCUUCUCGAAAAAGCACAUAAACAAUAUACUAACAAAAGAGGAACCGACUCUUAAAAAGCAUCAUCACAGUUCCACAUGGUACCUUUAAUUUAAUAACACUGGUGUGGUUGCAGAUUGUGGUUUUAGCUAUGCAGCAUGUGCUACACAUAUUUAAAGGGGUCAAAGGCAAAUUUUCUCGAUUAAGAUUCGCACAGCUGAGAUGUCUGCGGUGCGGGUGCGUUGGAAAGUGUCAAUAUCGUUCUUGAAAAGAAGAAUAUCCAAGAUUCAUCCCAACAUUUCAGUCUCUCCAGACCUUCGUAGAGAGAGACCAAAACGUUCGGAUGAUCAAUAAACUGCGAUGCCAAGCCAGAGCAGUGUGCAGGAUGUUCUUUUCAAGACUCAGGAGUCAAAGGCAGAAAUAUUCUCCUUUUCUGAGUUAAAUUCACUCAUUUAUUCACACUUCCUGCUUGGUUGUUGCCCAUUAGCUGAUUUUCGUCAUGGUUCAGUGGCUCUUCGAGGUGCGACUGAAACAAUGAGGCUACUUCUGCUUCCACACCAGCUCCAAGAAACAUCUGUGGUUUAUAAAAUAAUUGCCUUAAAAAUCUACAAUUCAUGGUUGUUAAAUGAAAUUUAUGGUUGUUUUGAAAUCGUCCCCUGUGACAUCAUGUUGCUGGCGUUGAGAUUGAAAAACAUAGCGACUCAUCGGGACCAGAUUACUGACAUUGUUCCAUUGACUAUAAUGGGUUCCUGUUUCUAAUUUUUUUUAUCUGAGCAAGACACAAUGAAAAACAAUGUUUGUAGCAGGAUAAUCGCAUUUGGUAAACUUUUCAAAUGCAGCAGCUGAAAGAGGGUAAAUGAAAUCCAGACCUUCCGGCCUCCAGAACUUUCUAGUGCAGAAUGGGCUUGAGAAAAACAUAAUUACGAUUGUACUGCUCCACUUUUGAAGACUUGAACUUUAACCUUAAAUCAAAGUCACAAGCAUGAAUAAAUAUAACCAUUGAAAAAAGGUGAGGACAGGCAAAUUGUCCACACUUUAGGGGACUGUAACUGCUAAAACCAUAGAAAUAAAAUAGCUCAUGUACAGUACACAGUGACUACGACGCACAGACGAGCUGCUGAUUUUUCCUUUUACACCGACGCCUCCGAGCAACAGUUGAUCAUCAUUGGAGACUGAGCAGCUCCACACUUUCCCAUCUGUUCCAGGGAUUUUGAAAGAGCAACUGUCUCAACUUUCUACCACUAAAUUUACACUUAAUUUAUUUUCUCGUCACUAAACUUGCAGCACAGCCUUUAUAGUGUUUCCUGCAUUACAUUUUUCCAGAUCUUUCUACUUUUUUUUUUUUACUUCAUUUUGUUUUUUGUCUCAAACAUGCACCACUCCUUUAAAACACUGUCUAUGAAUGUAGAUAUUGUUCAAUACAUAUCUUUUCUCUUGUUGAUUGCCUAGUGCCUUUUUAAAGAUGAUGCUCCUUUUGUUUUAUUUUGUGCUCAAAUAAAGUGCCUGUUGUCAGACGGA